AAUAAACCACAUGGUUGAGGCCGCUGUUGCCGUCUCAACCACGGAGUGACGCCAUCUCAGCCAAUCAUGGCCUGUUGUGGCUCGCAAUCCCAACUCAGCCUCCCUCUCCCCAACUGGUCGCAGGGCAAUCAACACAUAAACAACAUCUGUUGAUAUACAGCUGCCUCCAAUUCUGCUCCUCCAUCUCUGCUUCGCAAUAGCUCCACCUCCACGUCACCAAAACUCAAAACCCCAGCCGUUGGCGCAGAAAAAGGUGAGUGUUCUCGAUCACUCGAUCCGGCCGUGACUCGGUAGUAGCGGAAGCUGCCUGCGCAUCAUUGCGCUCUGACGUAGUUCACCACCCCAUCACACUCCCUCGUGCCUAUGACGAUUUCAGACCCGCGACCGCCCGCUGACUUUCGCUUUUAAACCCAGAAGCAAUCACUCUCUCCCUGCAUAGCAAAACCCUCUUUGCUGUGCAUACUUUCACAUCUGCAUCUGCAUCCGCAUCUCGCGCAGCCCUACGACCCUUCUUCUCGCUAUUUCCUCGUGCAUAGCCUGACGCUUUGAGACAUAGUCCUUUAUCACCCAUCCUCACCACCACCACAACAACAACGAAAACUAUCUCCGCUUUCUCCCUCCACACUCAUCAUGGUCUCGCAAGCAUUGACCCUUGGUCUUCGUGGCUGGCAGGUACGUCGGUUUCCGAUUCAAUCUUUCCCUGCGUUCAGCAUGUCGUCUCUUGGCUAACGCACGCAUUGCAGUUCCUCUGCUCAUUAAUCAUUCUGGCCUUGGUAGGCAACAUGAUUGCGACCGCAUGGUCCGGCAACUCCGCAAUGGUCAACUAUGAUAUGUUCGUAGCCGUCUUCGGCAUGUUGUCGCUGCUGUACCUUCUCCCGACCGCCUUUCUCUCGAGUUACAGCGUCCCAAUCGUCAACAUCGCCCUGGAUGCCUUGAACGUCUUGUUCUGGUUUUGCGCUGCUGUUGCCACUGCAGCCUACUUGGGUGUGCACAGCUGCAACGAUAGAGCUUAUACCACCACCAACCACAUCACCAACGGCUCGCCCAACACCGAAAAGCGAUGCCGCGAAGCACAAGCCUCGACAGCUUUCUUCUGGUUCGGCUGGGCUGCCUGGGUCGCUACCCUUGCCUUCUCCGUUAUGGCUGGUCGCGGCAAUGCCAACUUGCGUGGUGGCAUUCGUCGUGGCGGUCCUGCCAUGAGUCAGGUCUAG